UAGUCUUGCGGUAUAAAAAAGUGCUUAAUAUCAAUAUGUGGGGAGUGUUCUCUUCUCUCAAAUGAUUAUGUAAUAGGAGUAGUUUUCUGUCUUUCUUUUUCUUUUUUGUUUUUUGGCUGCAUGUGAUGCUGCUCUUUUAAGCAAGAACAGCUCAUAAAUCUAUCAUGACUAUUAUCAUUGUCAUCAUGAACUCGUUAGCUAGCCCCCCGUAACUCUUGUCUGAUUCUCCUUCCGUCUUCUCCUUUGCUUCCAUCCCAAUGCUCCUGGGAACUCACAAGUUCUUAUAUUUGAUCAUUUCCGGUUCUUUGCGGGGUUUCAUUUGAUCUGGGUUCUGGCUCUCAAAGUAAAUGUGGCCAUAAUUUUGCAGAAAAGCUUCCCUCUUUUCACAGCGAUUUUGGUUGGAUUGUUGGGAUUUUGAGACAGCUGGGAAAAUGGGCAAGAAAAUGGACCUCUUAUUCAUAUUCUUGCUGGGGGCAAUUUUCUCUUCCAUCCUUGCUGACCCUGUUGAAGAUAAACAAGCAUUACUAGAUUUCCUUGAACAUGUUCAUCAUUCACGCUCUCUUAACUGGAGCAAGGAAACCUCUGUAUGCAACAGCUGGAUAGGAGUGACAUGCGACAGUGAUCAUUCCAGGGUUAUUGCCCUGCGUUUGCCUGGGAUGGGACUUCGUGGCUCGAUUCCACCUAAAACUCUCAGUCGUCUAUCAGCUAUUCAGAUUUUAAGUCUUAGAUCCAAUGGCAUUUCGAGUUCAUUCCCUUCUGAUUUUUCUGAACUGAAGAACUUGACCACCCUUUAUCUUCAGUUCAACAAGUUUUCCGGCCCAUUGCCUGAUUUCUCAGUCUGGAACAAUCUUACAAUCGUUAAUCUUUCAAACAAUGGCUUCAAUGGAAGCAUUCCUCCUUCAGCAUCAAAAUUGACUCACCUCACUGCUUUCAAUCUUUCUAAUAACUUACUUUCAGGUGAUAUUCCUGAUCUCAAUAUCCCUAGUUUGCAACAGCUUGAUUUAGCAAACAAUAACUUCACAGGAAUUGUUCCUAAGUCCCUUGAAAGAUUUCCAAGCUGGGCAUUUUUUGGUAAUAAUCUUUCAUCAGAAAACGCCCUUCCCCCUGCUCUUCCAGGCCAGCCAGCUAAUGCUCAACCAUCAAAAAAAGCCAAAAAACUUAGUGAACCCGCACUCUUGGCGAUUGUAAUUGGUGGCUGCGUAAUGCUGUUUGUGCUAAUUGCCCUUUUGAUGAUCUGUUGUUACACUAAGAGACAAAAGGAACAAGAGUUUCCAGCAAAGUCACAAAUAAAAGAAGUCUCUUUGAAGAAAAAGGCUUCUGAGAAUCAGGAUAAGAACAACAGGCUUGUCUUCUUCGAGGGUUGUAAUCUUGCAUUUGACUUGGAGGACCUGUUGAGAGCAUCUGCAGAGGUGCUUGGGAAGGGUACAUUUGGAGUAACAUACAAAGCAGCCUUGGAGGAUGCAACUACAGUGGCUGUGAAGAGGUUGAAGGAGGUAACCUCAGCAAAACGGGAGUUUGAGCAACAGAUGGAGGUCAUUGGGCGUAUCAGCCAUGAGAAUGUGUCUGCGCUUAGGGCAUACUAUUAUUCAAAGGAUGAGAAGCUUGUGGUCCAUGAUUAUUAUGACCAGGGAAGCGUGUCUGCUAUGCUACAUGGAAAAAGAGGUGAGGGCCAGACAUCUCUGGACUGGGAGACUAGACUUAAAAUUGCAGUUGGUGCUGCAAGAGGCAUUGCUUAUAUCCACUCACAAAACAAUGGCAAACUUGUUCAUGGAAACAUAAAGUCUUCCAACAUUUUCCUUAACUCUGAAGGAUAUGGUUGUGUCUCAGAUAUUGGUUUGGCAGCAGUAAUGAGCCCAAUGCCUCCACCUGUGAUGCGGGCUGCAGGUUAUCGUGCACCUGAAGUACCAGACACUAGGAAAGCAACCCAAGCAUCCGACGUAUACAGUUUUGGGGUCUUGGUACUGGAGAUCUUAACUGGAAAAUCACCAAUGCAUGCCACAGGUGGUGAGGAGAUUGUUCACUUGGUGAGGUGGGUGCAUUCUGUAGUUAGAGAGGAGUGGACUGCAGAAGUAUUUGAUGUAGAACUUUUAAGGUAUCCCAAUAUAGAGGAGGAAAUGGUGGAGAUGCUACAAAUUGGGAUGAGUUGUGUGGUGAGAAUGCCAGAGCAGAGACCAAAAAUGUCUGACCUAGUGAGAAUGGUGGAGGAAAUUCGGCGAGCGAACACUGGUAACCAACCAUCCUCUGAAACUAAAUCAGACACCACGGCUUCAACCCCAAUCCCACAAGCAGCCGAAAUAGGUCCCUCUUCCUCUGUUCCACCGUGAGAUUCUUUUGUCUGAUGAAUUAAGUAAUAGUUUUAUAAAAUUUUAUAGUAAUUCAUUGUGGAACAGGCAAAUAGUUUUUGAUUAAUUUAAGUUGUUUAUGUAUCCUAUACUCCUGUGAUGAAAUUUGGUGACAAGAUUAGUUUAGCUACCCUGAUCCAGCUACGAUCAAAGUCAACAAGGGUCCUUGGCUUUUGUAUCAUUUAACAGUCAUGGAUUUCAUUGUUAAGCACGUGGACUUAAAUGGUUUUGCACGAUGAAAAGUCUUUGAUUUCUAUU